AGUGGCGUUGAAGGCAUGAAUGGGGAGCCGCGCCGGGGGCGGUAGUUGCUGUGACUGACACCUUCGGGGUCAGUGCCGAGAGGGGGCGAUUCAGCCGGCUUCUGGCGUGCUCCCGAGCCCCAAGUUCUUGGGGGACGAGGCUUUCUGCAACGAUUGCUGCUACUUCCGAGGCACGAGACUCGUUUGGUCCAAGUGGUUGUGGGCCGAGCACACGUUGCUCCGGAGGUGUUCGCUGCUGAGGCAGUGUUUUCGGAUCCUGGGUACAUAAUCUGGAACCAGAAAGCAGCAAUGCAGCAAGUGUUGGAUAACCUUACGGAGCUGCCCUCAUCUACAGGAGCAGAAGAAAUAGACCUAAUUUUCCUCAAGGGGAUUAUGGAGAAUCCUAUUGUAAAAUCACUUGCUAAGGCUCACGAGAGGCUGGAAGAUUCAAAACUAGAAGCUGUCAGUGAUAAUAACUUAGAAUUAGUCAAUGAAAUUCUUGAAGAUAUCACUCCCUUAAUAAAUGUGGAUGAAAACGUGGCAGAACUGGUUGGUAUACUCAAAGAGCCUCACUUCCAGUCACUCUUGGAGGCCCAUGAUAUUGUGGCAUCAAAAUGUUAUGAUUCACCUCCAUCAAGCCCAGAAAUGAAUAAUUCUUCUAUCAAUAAUCAGUUAUUACCAGUAGAUGCCAUUCGUAUUCUUGGUAUUCACAAAAGAGCUGGGGAGCCAUUGGGUGUAACAUUUAGGGUCGAAAAUAAUGAUCUGGUAAUUGCCCGAAUCCUUCAUGGAGGAAUGAUAGAUCGACAAGGUCUGCUUCAUGUGGGAGAUAUCAUUAAAGAAGUCAAUGGUCAUGAGGUUGGAAACAAUCCAAAGGAAUUACAAGAAUUACUGAAAAAUAUUAGUGGAAGUGUCACCCUAAAAAUUUUACCAAGCUAUAGAGAUACUGUAACCCCUCAACAGAGUUGCAUCAGUAUGGAGAGGCAUCCAGCACACAUCCGUCAGGUGUUUGUGAAAUGUCAUUUUGAUUAUAAUCCAUACAAUGAUAACCUGAUACCCUGCAAAGAAGCAGGAUUGAAGUUUUCAAAAGGAGAAAUUCUUCAAAUUGUGAAUAGAGAAGAUCCAAACUGGUGGCAGGCUAGCCAUGUAAAAGAGGGAGGAAGCGCUGGUCUCAUUCCAAGCCAGUUCCUGGAAGAGAAGAGAAAGGCAUUUGUUAGAAGAGACUGGGACAAUUCAGGACCUUUUUGUGGAACCAUAAGUAGCAAAAAAAAGAAAAAGAUGAUGUAUCUCACAACCAGAAAUGCAGAAUUUGAUCGUCAUGAAAUCCAAAUAUACGAGGAGGUAGCCAAAAUGCCUCCCUUCCAGAGAAAAACAUUGGUAUUGAUAGGAGCUCAAGGUGUGGGACGAAGAAGCUUGAAAAACAGGUUCAUAGUGUUGAAUCCCACUAGAUUUGGAACUACAGUGCCAUUUACUUCACGGAAACCAAGGGAAGAUGAAAAAGAUGGUCAGGCAUAUAAAUUUGUGUCACGGUCUGAGAUGGAAGCAGAUAUUAAAGCUGGAAAAUAUUUGGAACAUGGGGAAUAUGAAGGAAAUCUCUAUGGAACCAAAAUCGAUUCUAUUCUUGAAGUUGUCCAAACUGGACGAACUUGUAUUUUGGAUGUCAACCCACAAGCCCUGAAAGUGCUGAGGACUUCCGAGUUCAUGCCCUAUGUUGUAUUUAUUGCUGCUCCAGAACUAGAGACAUUACGUGCCAUGCACAAGGCAGUGGUGGAUGCUGGUAUCACUACUAAGCUUUUGACGGACUCUGACUUGAAGAAAACAGUGGACGAAAGUGCACGGAUUCAAAGAGCAUACAACCACUAUUUUGAUUUGAUCAUCGUAAACGACAAUCUAGACAAAGCCUUUGAGAAACUACAAACUGCCAUAGAGAAGCUGAGAAUGGAGCCACAGUGGGUCCCAAUCAGCUGGGUUUACUGAUGGUUCAAUAAGGUUCAUAAUGGAAAUAAAACUUUUUAAAAGUAACUGCAACAAAUAAGCCUUCUACUGAGAAAAUACAUGCACAGAUAGAAGAUAUCUGCCAAGUUCAGGCAUUUUUAUUGUGUAGAUUGAAAUACCAGUACACUAUUCUGAAUUUUUAUAUAAAAUGUGGUUGGGAAGGUGUACUAAUAUAUAAUUUAUCUUAAUUUUUCUAACUUUUUAUGGAUAACCUUUCUAUUCAUACCACAUAAAGAAAUGCGUUGAAGCAUUUUGUAUAUGUUUUGAUUUAGUACCCUUGCCUUUUUCAUCAAAGGAAUUUUCAAAGCCUUCAUUCUCGCAUUGGUCUCCCAUUUUCACUGUGAUAAUGAAUACUUGAAAUAGUUUUGUAAAUCUGUCCUUUAGUUCAGUAUUUAACUAGUGAAGGGUCAGUUACUCUUUAUUAGGAGAAAAUAGUAGUUAUUGGCCUUCUUUCCUAAUAUUAAUUCAUACAGAAACAGAACUAUAAUGUCCACACCUUCCAAGUCUGACAUCAGAAGUCUGCUCAACACUACAUGGUUUCGUUAUUUCAGAGAUAUAUGGCUAUCCAUUCUAAUUUAGGCAGAUAUGUUUUUUUCCCCUUUUUUUCCAUCUUGAGGGAAAGUAAAGAGCAAUACUUUGCACUCUCAUUUGUUGCCAUGACAGGCUGAUACUAAGUGAAUGUGUACACAGCAAGGAAGGCCAUGCAGGCUAAGGGAGUGCCUUAUCCUGUAACACAUAACACAGCAAAAUGACACAUAAAGUUGAUUUAUUUUCACAUGUAGAAAUUUGACAAAAAUGAACCUACUGCUUUCAACAGUUUUUUAUUAGGAUAGUCAGCAAAUGUAUGAUGCCUUUGCAAAUUUCUGUGAUACUUUAAAAUGCCUCUAAGUUUGCAAGUGGGGGAUUUUCUGAAGAAUCAGCAUCCUUUCUGAAGUGUGAUGUGAUUGUUAGAAUACUUAAAUCUUUUGUGUUGAGAACCAAAUCCAUUGAACAACUUAGGAGAUUUGGAAAUAACUGUCAGCUGUCUUACCUAUAUAUAACAUAUACAUUAUAUAAUAUAUAUUAAAUAAGGUUUUAUAUAUUUUUUUUUACAUUUCUGUUAGGAAAUGCGCUUUUUUGUUUAGUAAUUAGGAAAACCGCUCUCUUUUAGAGGCAUUAACAUACUCAGAUUUUUAAAAUUCGCCUCAGUUAAAAUCUUCCUUUAGGAUUCUUGGAUGGUAUAAAUUCUUCCUCAAACAUAUUCAGAGAUGUAGCUCAUCAUUUAACUAAGUUAUGUUAUGUUGCUGCCAGCUUUUCAUAGGGACAGUAUUCACACCUACAGGGUUAGAUGCUUGUGGUCAUCUUUGGCCAUGGUAGGCAUCAGGCACCUGGCUGUUAAUUUUUCUCCUCAGCAAAGCUGUCACAUGGAACACUAGCCAGAAGGGCUUAGAGGGAAGAGAAAAUACCUGGCAAUAAGCAGUUAUGCACACAUUGCUUUAAAUCUUCUUCACAAUGAAACAGCCAAGUGGCUGUAUUGUUAAGAUUGGAAAUGUAUAGGUUUUUUUUUUUAUUCUAGAGUUUCAUAUCCAGAACACAAAUUCAUGUUCUUUGUCCUAGGAUAGGGAUAUUAGUGGUAAAAUGGAUCAUACCCUUUUAAUAACUUUGGUAACUUUUAAACCACAUAUAUUCGCAUCCAAUUCUCGGCUCCUCAAAGCAACCUGAAUCAAAGCAGUGUUGAGAUAAUGUCUUAUGAUUUAGUAUUUCAACACACUGUAAAUUUUCAGGAAAUGUGCUGUCUUCUGCACAGAGCCUCUUUGAACAACUUUGGGAUCAUCGUAGCAGCACAAGAAGUGUAUCCACAAAAUAUUUCAACUGUCUUCACAUAAUGGAGAUGAUUUUUACAUCAUCUGUAUUUUUAGCCUUAUCCUGUGGUUUAAAAUGCAUAUUAUUUAGAAAAUAGUCUAUACUUAAAGGAAUUAUUUCUAUUAUAAAUGGUAUUCAUGACUAGUUAAUAUACACUAGAUCCCCCAUAAUAUAAAAUGAAAUAAUGCUGUUUAGUUUAUCUCAGUCUAGAUGCCAGAGCUGAAGAGAAUAAAUUCAGAAAAGGUCACUGUAUCUCAGUAGUUAUUGAACUUGAAACUGAAGUCCCAUCUGAGUCUGCAGGACUCAGUAGAGCUGUACUGGGGCAAGGAGUCCCAGAGGCCCCAGGAUUCUCCCAAGGCAAUGAGAGUAUUGUUGUAAUCAAUGAAGUAUGAACUUCUCUUGCGGGAAAUAUCUAAAAUAAUUAGCUUUACUGAAGAGAAAACGGUUUAAAGGGAUGCUAAACAAUUGGUAAUAGUUAAAAUACAAAUGCACAUGCAAAUGCCUUUGGGAAACUUGUGCCAAUACAUUAAUGCACCCGAGGAUUCUUUGUGAUCAGAAGAGUGUCCACAUUCAGAUUUCAGGGCAUGACAAUUUAUAUACAACUAAAUAUUAUAUAUAUGUUUUUUAUUUUCAAAUGUACAAAUACCCCUAGAGGUAAUGUUCCUGGAUAAGUCAUGUAACAGUAUAACUAGUGGAAUAUAUGUGAUGCACUACAAGUAGAGUUUCACUUUUAUUCCAGCCGUGUCUUGAUUAUGCAGUCUUAAUUCCUGUUUGAUAUUUGUAUAUUAUCAAAUAUCUAAUACAUCAGGACUUUUGCUUUUGCCAAUUCUUAACUAUACAAUUGCUGAACAUAGCUUUCUAAAAUAGAAAUCUUAUCAUAAACCCAGUAUGACUACAGCAAUAGUAGCCUGAACCCUAGAUUCUAGAAUCUAGUAGAUUUGCUUAUAGUAGCUUAUCAGGACAAGUUUUCUUUAAAAGAGCAAAUUGGUUAUUAACACAAAUUAGGAAAUAAUGCAAAUUAGCAAUAAAAUACAAUAGUGUAGCAUUAUAGAUUAUGGCCAGAUACUAACUGCUUUGACCAUACUAUCCCAAUGACAAUAAAAGAUGAUCUUUGCUUUAAAAAUUCACUAAAUUGGUACUUCUUGCUAGACAAAACAGUAAGUGUCAUAAUCCAGUGAUUGGAGUUGAUUUUCAAGAUGGAUAGCCAUGGAGUUAGGUACAGUUAGUUUGAACUGAUAAAUAUUAACCAUAAAAUUUUUGAAAAUUGGUCAAAAUAGUGCUCUACUUAACAUUGUACUUUUAUGACUUCUGAAACAACACUCCAUUUUCCAAAAAUCACAGGCUAGGGAGCCAAUAAUUUUGUAGUAAUGAAUCUUUAUACUAAAUAUGGAAAAAGAAAUCCUGAAUUUUUAUGUACAUAUAUAGGUCAUUUUAUAAAUGUCUGAGUCACCAUAUAUAUAAUAUAUAUACAGCCAUAUGUAUAAUAUGUAAAAUUCUCCCCAAAUACAUGAAUAAUAAAACUAAAUAUGGUCACCCAUGUAACUAUAGCUAGUGAUCUUAAAUGUUUACUCCCAGAUUCUUAGACAUUCUGAAACCUUUUUCACAUUGUUUUCUAAGGCUCUAGUUUUACCUUGAGGCAGAUACUAAUCUUCCUGAAAAAUAUUAAGCUCAGAAGAUUAUUAUAACUUAAUUUCUUUAAGCAAAAAGGACAGAGUUCUAGAUGGCAGCCUCUUAGUAAAUACUUAUUUAAACUUUAAAUGAAUUUGUGAUAUGGUUCAGGCUUAGAGAUUAUGGUAACUGCCCUCCUCUUGUUCCAGUGGAUUUGCUGUGAGAAUUCAUGUAAUAACAUCUGUAAUGUAUUUAAGUUCUUGAGCAAAAUUCAGUAUUCUAAAUAAUGGGAUCAUUGUAUAUAUAAAAGUGAAUAUUCACAAACUUUUAAGAAUAUAGUCAACUAAUAAUUCAGCAUCAUUUUUUGAGUAUGCAUUGUAUAUCUUAAGAAGAUAACAAUUCUGUAAUUCCUUAAGGUAAGAUUAUUUUUAAAUUACAUUUUUGUUAGCCUCAAGUUUUAUUCAUUUUUUAAUAUGUCCUAUAAUUCAUUAUGUUACCUUUGUGUUCCUGGAAUGAUUUAGUGCAGAAACAGAAAUAAGUCUUUAAUAUACUAAAAAGUGAAGGAAUGAUAUCUCAUUUCUAAGGUAAGAAUUUUAAAGCAUGGUUUGUACCACUUCCGUAGUACAUUGCACUACUUUCUUUAAAAUAAUCUCUUUUGUUAAAAAUAGAGAUGGUGUACUUCUACUAGCUGAGAUCCUAAUUCUGAUUCUGACCAUGCGACCUUUGAUAAAAUUUAUAUUUCCCUUUACUUUUAAUAUUCCACCCGUUAAAUAGGGCUAGCUUAAUAUUUGUCUUCACCUUAAAUUACAAGAAGUAAUUUGUAACUCUGAUGUGAUGAAUGCUAGACUGGAGAAUCCUUAUUAGGCUACUUUAUUUAUUAUAUGUAUUCACUUAUAUUGAGGUUGUUUAUCUUUUAGUUCAUUUAAAAUGUAUCUCUUCAGAGGUAGUAUAAUGAAUAGAACACACCAUUCAAGAAUCCUCCCUCUAAUUUUAAAACAGCUCUGAGGAGGGUCUGUUCUCUCUUGUGGCCUUGGUCAGGAGGUCCAUUUUAGUUUAGAAUCGCACUCUCAGUCCAAACCUUUAACAAAUUCUUCUUACAAAUCAAAUAAAAUUUAAGCAAUCUAGUACUCUGACAUUCAAGAAAUUCUGAACUUUGGCCCUUAAAGCUGCCCUACCUUAGUUCUUAUGCCUGAAAUUUAUCAUUGCAGCCCUAUUGUUUAACCCAUAGUAUUAAGUUUAGAAGGCAUCUGUUUCUUUAUAGGGAGAACUGUUGUUAGGUCCAAUUAGUGUGGACCUUGAAUCAGACAUGAAGACAUCUUAGUUGCAUUCUCUUUUUAAUUGCUUCACGGCUGCUGGCUGAUAAUACAGUGCUGUGAUAAAUCUGACUUUCCUCCACACACCAAAGUCAGCCAGAAGUGACCGUUCCUUCCCUUUUCUUCCCUACCAGUUUUUCCUAAUUCCCAGCACAAACUGAAUGAACACAUCUACAAUGAACAUAAAUGCUGCUUCGUACAUAGGAGAGUAAAUGACUCAGUGCUUGUAAACGUUCUUGAGUCCCACUGAAUAGGUACUGUUGCUUCCACAAAGCAGAAGCCAAAAGGUCUUAUUUUAACAGUUGGAACUAGAGGUCUUUGUUGCACUUCAGCAACAGCAGAGGGUAGAAACACACAAAUACGACAGGCCAUACCUGACAUUAGUCUUUCUUCAUAUUGGUCAAGGUGGCCAGGGAGCUUAGAGGAAGUGGAAAAAAGCAGAGCAUUCAAAACUCCUCAGCUAUAAAUUACCACUGUUAAAGCAGAAGUCAUCAGCACUUAAAAUAUGUGAUCUUCAUCGUAUUCCGAAAUAAGAGAGGCAGGCAAUAGUAUAGCAAUUGCCUUGAAGACCUAGAGCUUGUUCUGGUGAACAUGGUCCAAAUGAGGAGUACCUUCACCUUUUCAGGUCGAACCAGAUUUGAGGAAUAGCUCAUCUCCAACUGUAAUUUAAGUAUAAGAUAAAUAUUCCUUUUGGCUAUGUGUCCUCUUUUAAAAAGAACGGACUCCUGUUUCUUUGCUAACAUUGAUUUUUAAGGAAGUGGGAUCUAGGGUUUUGCUGGAGAAGAAUGCCAAACUAGGGUUUGGCAACAAGUGUAGUUUUCUGCAUGUUGAGUUACUUUAGAGCCCAUGGUGAGUAUUUGAUGUGAAAACCUUGCUUUGGGGAUUUUUUUUUUUUUUCCAUUUCAGUUUGGUGUAUCUUUAUGUUGAACACAAAUGCAUGCUCUUUUUAACCUCUAGUCUUUGAAAUAAUUGUAGAACUUUUUUUUUAAUGGAGGGCAAACUGCUUGUCAGCAAUCUAAAAAUAAAAGCUGAACAAGCUGCUUAAGUCUCUGAUGAAAAAGUUUAAAAAUAAAAUUUUAUUGCUACUGCCUUCCAAGUAAUUGUAUUACUAGUUCCUGUAUAAAAGAAACAUUACUGCUGCCUUUGUAUAAAUAAAAUUUUCCUGCAGUACAAUUAAGUAUUGAUUUUUCAGAAACUGUCCCUAUAAAUUUUUCUUUUCACAUAUUUCCAUAUGCUGUCCAAAACAAACAUUAUUGAAAUGUUGAACAUGUGAGAUUGUAUAUUCCAAGUAAAAUAUUUUUGUACAUAUAAAAAUACUGCAAAAAUGUAGUGUUUCAUUUAUAGGUAGAACUAAGGUUUAGAGAUGAUCAAAUACAGAGGAUAUCAGAUUUGCUUUGGUAAUUUCUUUUAAAUGCUAAUAAUCUCUACAGAAAGCCUGUAAUAACAUUUAGUUUUUCCCACCAAAAUAAAUAUAUAAAUUUUUCACCUGCUUCUCUUCUUUAACAAGGAAACCCUAACUAUUGUUUCCUCUAUCCCAGCCCAAGCCAUUUGGUGGCUUUCAAAGGUGACGUACUCAAGGAAAAAAUGGCAGAGACAGGGAAGAUUAAAAUAUAGGAUCAAGAAAAGGCCUCUGUGCUUAGAUGACAUGAGAUGCUAGGACGAGCUAGCCAAGCAGGAAAAUCCCAGGUGGGAAAGACAGCACCUGCUGGGGCACAGCUCAGCCCUGAGGCCUGCAAUGGAAAAGGGAGGUGGACCCACCAGGCUGGCCAAGAGGUGGAGGCGUGACUGGGUGAGUGCGGGAAGCCGGUGUCCACAACAGGUACUUUGCAACUCGUUCUCAAGCUAAGUUUCUGGGAUUUCAUGCCUCGUAUUUCAGAAAUUGCUAGUCUAGUGUACUUCUCAUGUCUCCCAAAGAAUUUGGUUUUAGAUUGUUCACUUUCUUCUUACACUGUCCGUUUUCUCACUGCAGUAAAAAAUUACCACAAACUUCACAGCUUUAAACACAAACUCAGUUCUGUAGGUUGGAAAUCCAAUACAGGUCUCACCUAAGUGAAAUUGAGACAUUUCCCGGGGCCUGCCCUGGCUCUCACCGCUGGAGAGAGAAUCUGCUUCCAGGCUCCUGCAGGCUGUUGGCAGAUUACAGUUCCAUGCUGGUGUAGAACUGAGGUCCCUGCUUCCUUACUGGCUGUCACAUGGACUGCACUCUUGUUCUUGAACUGACCUCCAUCUCAGAGCCAGCAACAACACUGAAUCCUUCCUAUGCCUCAUCUUUCCUGCAUUUUCUUUGGCCAAGUCUCUCGCUGACUCUUGUGCCUUCUAAGGGCCCUACCAGAUAAUCCAGGAUAAUCUCCAUCUCAAGGUCUGUCACCUGAAGAACACAUGUAAAGUCCCUUUUUGGCAUAUAAGGUAACAUGUUCACAGGUUCCAUGGACACCUGAGGAACCCUGAUAGGGCCACAGCACACUAGCUGAUAGAAAUGUUUCUUCCUGUACCACUUGUGAAAGACAAGUAGUCAUGGAAACAUCUGAGUGAAGGUGGCUUUCCACUUCUGUUGUUCUGGGAAAUAUUCUGUUUUCUGUUUUCUAGGUAUCUGGGCUACCAGAACUUGUUUACAAAUGUAAAUGUACAUUUGCAAUUAAUAAUCGUAUAUAGUGAAGAGGAUACCAGUUACUUAGAAGAGCCUUUUGGACGCCCACUCAAACAUGCCCAGCACUACUUUGCCCACCAUAUCACAGUGGGGUCUGCUAAGGAGUGGCAAUAACUGAGGGGCUGGGAUCACCUGUAGCAGCAUAAGGCUACAUCCUUUUUAAUUGCAGAUUUUUAAAACACAGUCCAACAGGGUGACUGGCUGAUAAUUGUGGAAAGGGCCAGAUGCCUUAGUUGCCUGUUUGAUGUAACCCAAACUUUUGGCAUGUGCUGGGAUGGUGUCUUUUCUUUCUGCCUGAAGCUGAUCUUUAGUUUUUGUUGCUUUUGGGGUUUUUUGGCUUGGCUUGGCUUGGCUUGGCUUGGCUUGGCUUGGCUUUGGUUGGUGGUUUUUCAUUUAGAGGUUAAUACAUAUAAAAUUACAACGGGAAUAGAAGGGUAACCCCCCCACCCCCAACCUCUUAUCCCAACUUCUAAAUCCUCUCCCCAAAGGAACCACUGUCCAGUUUCUUGUGGACUCCAAGGAGCUUCCCACUGCAUUGUGAUACAUGUGUAUGUGUUUACACAGAUAGAUUCUCCUUACAAAAUCUGUAUAAAACUUACUUCAGAAAGUCAGACAAAAAGGCAUGUACAGUGCCACUGUUGGAGCACUGUUUUCACCUUGGCAGAUUCCCUUCCAGUUUGUUAUAAGGUGCUCCUUAUGUCGCCACACAGUGCACAGCUCUCCUGUUUUUCAUGUAUUGGAAGUAUUUGCGUAAGAUUUAGUCUCAACUGAGGUGAUGAAAGGGUUAUUUUGCUUCAUUUCUUCCGU